AUGUCUCUUUCGCUAUUGGCGACCGCAUUGCUGGGCAUCGGCGCAGUGACGCCCGUCCAUGGUCGAGGCGAUUCGCAGAUCCCGUUGCCCAACUACGCCGAUGCGUGCCCCGAUUAUGCGCUUUACGCAUCAUAUCCCCAUCGUCCCUUUAGCACUGGCCCGCUCGCCUUGCCUUACCAGCGUCCCAACCCGCAGUGUCGGACGUUUCACUCAGACGAGAUCGAGAGAGUCAUCGAAGAGGUGACGUCGAGGAUCAAGGAUCCUGACCUGGCACGUCUGUUCGAGAACACCUUUCCCUCGACGACGGACACAACUGUCAAAUUCCACACCAAGGGCGGCAAGAACACAGGCUUUGUCCCGGUUGAUGGGCGUCGCUUGGACGAUGGCGCAUGGGAAGGACCCCAGUCCUUUAUCAUCACCGGCGAUAUCAUUGCAGAGUGGCUGCGAGACUCGACAAACCAGCUGCGUCCCUACCAGGGCCUGGCCAAGAAAGACCCAGCCAUCUUCGACCUGAUCGUUGGGGCCAUCAAUACGCAAUCCGAGUAUGUCAUCCAGUCGCCGUACUGCAAUGCCUUCCAGCCGCCGCCCAUCAGCGAAUUGUCCGUCUCCGCCAACGGCCAGGAUGACAUAGUGCAUCCGGCAUACGAGCCGAGUGUCGUGUUCGAGUGCAAGUACGAGCUCGAUUCUCUGGCGCACUUCCUGGCUUUGGCAAACGACUUUUACGAGGCCACUGGAGCUACUGACUUUGUGAACAAGCGGUGGCUUCUUGCCGUCGACACUCUGUUGCUGGUGCUGAAGCAGCAAUCGGAACCGACUUUUCACGAGGAAACAGGCCAGUAUGACAGAAAUGCCUACACCUUCCAGCGGUGGACGAAUACUGGCACCGAGACUCUCAAUCUUCAGGGUGUCGGUAACCCCCUGAAUAGCGGAACGGGGCUGGUUCGAUCGGCAUUCAGACCAAGUGACGAUGCCACUAUCCUGGGAUUCUUCAUCCCGGCGAAUGCCAUGAUGUCUGUGGAGCUUGGUCGGGCUGCCAAGAUGCUGCAGGCUGCGGGCAACAAGGCUCUGGCCACUAAGCUUGGUAAAUGGAGCGAAAAGUUGCGCGCAGGCGUGCUGGAGCAUGGUGUCGUCAAGCAUAGAAAAUACGGCGACGUGUUCGCUUACGAGGUUGACGGAUAUGGCUCUUCCAUCUUGAUGGACGACGCAAACUACCCUUCCCUUCUUGCCCUCCCAGUGAUGGGCUUCUGCGACGUAGAUGAUCCGGUGUAUCAGAACACGAGGAAGAUGAUACUGGAUAAACAAGGCAACCCGUAUUACCUGACGGGUAGAGGUUUUCAAGGAAUUGGAGGACCGCACAUUGGUUUGAAGAACGCCUGGCCCAUGAGUCUGCUGCUUCAGGCCCAAACGUCAAAUGACGACAAGGAGAUUAAAGAAUGUAUCGACAUGGUGCUGAAGGCAUCCCCGCGUGGCCUGAUCCACGAGAGUGUCGAUGUUAAUUACGUGAGCCAGUAUACGCGGAGCUGGUUUGCUUGGGCGAACGGAGUUUUCGCCGUGACGAUUUUGGAUUUGGCAAAGAGGAAGCCGCACUUGGUGUUUGGACCGGGAGCGGCGCCGUAUGAGAUGUGA